AUGGAGGCCGCGGAGGGAAAGAUCUCGGCGAAGCCAUCCAGGCUGCGUGUGUCACUCUUCAACACCUGCUGGCUCUAUGCGCUCGCGGGCGGCCACUGCAACCCGGAAGAACUUACUAAGAGCCGGCGCCGCUUCCUGUCGGUGCUUUACGAUCGUGGCGGGAGGGAAACGGCGAUGCGCGCGACACUUUACGACUCACCGGGUCGCUUCCUGGGCAAGAUGGCGUCGGGCAGCGGGGCUAAAAACCUGGACUUCCGCCGGAAGUGGGACAAAGAUGAAUAUGAGAAGCUUGCAGAGAAACGACUCACGGAAGAGAGAGAAAAGAAAGAUGGCAAACCAGUGCAACCUGUCAAGCGUGAGCUUCUUCGGCACCGAGACUACAAGGUGGACCUGGAAUCCAAACUGGGCAAAACCAUUGUUAUUACCAAAACAACGCCGCAGUCUGAGAUGGGAGGGUAUUACUGUAAUGUCUGUGACUGUGUAGUUAAAGAUUCCAUCAACUUCUUGGACCAUAUCAAUGGCAAAAAACAUCAGAGGAAUCUGGGCAUGUCUAUGAGAGUGGAGCGCUCCACACUGGAUCAAGUGAAAAAACGCUUUGAGGUGAACAAGAAGAAAAUGGAGGAGAAGCAGAAGGAUUAUGACUUUGAGGAGAGGAUGAAGGAGCUCAGAGAAGAGGAGGAAAAGGCCAAAGCCUACAAAAAGGAAAAACAGAGGGAGAAGAAAAGGAGAGCUGAGGAAGACUUGACGUUUGAGGAAGACGAUGAGAUGGCGGCUGUGAUGGGUUUCUCUGGUUUUGGCUCUACCAAGAAGAGCCACUGAUCAGCCAUGAACUUCCACCUGGAUGGAUAUUGUUUCUGCCCUCAUGAUGCUUGAAAACCCUUGGAAGACUUUAUUAGAGAAUUUGUAUCGAAAUGUCCUGGUAGAAGCUGGCUGUAGGAGUUGGGAAGGAAUCACACACUCUUCCUGUGUGGGGCUGGCUACUCCCUGCUGUUGCUAGUAUCCUGCCUGCCUGCAAAGAUAACAUCACAAUUGCCUGUGAGGUGGUAAACCUAAAUAUCUGAUAAAGAACUUUAGCAUCCCCCACCCCCCCAAGCUCCUUGGGGGAUAAACCCAUUUUAAAGAUUUUUUUAACUCUUCAUUUCCUAUGAUGAGCCUGCAGUUGGAGGUUUCUUUUGGAGCCCCCAAUUCUUGCCCCUGCCUUCAGCUGCCCCUUUCCCUAUAUGAGUUCUGCUUGCUUCAUGUUGUAUGGCCUUCUGCACGAGAGACAUUCUGCUGAGUACACUUUUCCUGUUAAUAAAGUGUUACAAAUCUUA